AUGUUGCUAAGGGUUAACACCCGCUACCGGCGACGCUGGCAAUGGCUACUCAAGUCAAGCCGUCAAUACUGGAGAGAAAUUACCCUUGCCAUAGCAUCACUCUGGCUCCUCGCGCUUUGCAAUGAGCAGAAGCACCCAUUCACGUCCCAGCCUCACGCCGUCACGUCCGCAGACAUAUCCUUCGAAACGACCCUUCACCCAAACCUUUCCAAAGAUACUCAACACCAUGGCUUCCUGCCACUCGAACAGGCACACGCCUUCUGCCAGCAGCAGAACUGGCAGCCCUACCCCCAUCGUACACACCGCCGCAAGGUAUACGACCUCUUCAUGCUGAACGACGAACUGGACUGGCUCGAGAUCCGCUUGAACACGCUCUCCUCAACCGUCGACUACUUUGUCAUUGUCGAAUCACCCCUUACGUUUACGGGCCAUCUGAAGCCCCUCACGCUGAAGGACAACUGGGCGCGUUUCGAGAAAUUCCAUACGCAGAUGAUAUACAGGGAGCUUCAAAAUCCCCCGCCCAACGCCCAGCGCACGUGGGACUUGGAGGAUCACCAGCGUAACGCGAUGUUUCUCCAGGUUGUGCCGUAUCUACAAGGCGAGCAGCAGGCGAAUAUAGGCGACGUGUUGUUAGUCUCUGAUGUGGAUGAGAUUGUUCGACCAGCUACCCUGGCCCUCCUACGGAAUUGUGCGUUCCAGCCGAGACUCACGCUCAGAAGCCAAUUCUACUACUAUGGCUUUCAGUGGCUGCAUAGGGGACCUCAGUGGGCGCAUGGCCAAGCUACUAUUUACAAGGGAGAGGGAACGAUUUUACCGGUUGAUCUGAGAAAUGGCGAAGGUGGUAAUAUAGUUAAGACCUGGUGGGAUAAGGCCGAUCUCUGGAACGCGGGGUGGCACUGUAGUACAUGCUUUGAAACGAUCGACGAGGUCUUGAACAAGAUGAAUAGCUUCUCUCACAUGUCCUUGAACAAAGAGGAAUUUAGGGAUCCGAAGGGGAUUUCAGACAGGGUACGGCAGGGCUUGGAUUUGUGGGAUCGAGAGGGAGAGAUUUAUGACCGGAUUGAGGGAAAUGAGGAUGUCCCCGAGUUUUUAAAGAGUGAUAGGGAGAGGUUUCGCUAUCUUUUGGAUCGGGAUGGACCGAAUGCUGGAUUCAAGGACAAGGCCUAA